AUGCGGUCCACAGCACUCUUCCCUGGCCUCCUGUUCGGAAGGGGCAUGUGCUAUGUUUUCGAUAGCGAAGACCAAAUUCGGCUUGGUUCUAAUGUAGUUACUGAGUUGUACAGCCCUCAGGAACCGGGACCCUCGUACCCAAAAGCCGAUGUGCCUCCCCCUCCCCCUCCGGAACCCAUCACCGUGACAGAGCUCCCGUUGCCUCCGGUCACGGCGGACGAGAAUGUCGGUGGCUGUACCCUGGAGAUCAACCCUCGCGGAACGGGAUGCAUCGGCGUAUCGCCCACUCUCCAGAACGGAGACUUCCUACCCGACGACCUGCACGUCAUCGCCUCAGUGAACUUCACCGGCGCCCCCGCCGCCCCAGACCCGGCCAGCAUAUACAGCGGGCCGCAACUGAUCAUCGUCAAGGCCGACGGCACCGUCUUCCCCAACGGAGACCCGUGGAAGUGCGUCACCUGCGGCGUCCCGGAAGAGAACCAGCUCGGGCGGAGCGACCAGCUCGACUACCCCCAGGCUUUCGGCGACGGCAGCCGCGUGUUGGCCGGCCCGCACAUCAUUGAGUGCUCCUCUAACCUUGCGAGCGAGACCUGCACGCCGGAUCGAGUCCGCGUCUACCCGAUUCGCUGGAACACGGCCGCGGACGGCUUGGGCCCGGGAGGACCCAUCCGGGAACUACGGAUCCAUCCGGGCAACGAGCACCUCGGCUUCAGCUCCUUCACGUUCGAUUCCGGCAAGGUCGGCCAGUUUUCGUACAUCGGCAGGCUGGCCUUCAACCCGUCGCCCACCACCGGCGAGCCGCUUGUCCCUCGUUAUGACCUGGAAAACGUCAGCAUUCUGCUGGAGCCGAAUGGCAAGGCCCCAAUCGGUGUCGACGAAGCAGACGGCACUCAGCUCCGGAUCAACUACGAUGCCAUCACUGUCGGUGAGCUACGCGGCUUCAGUGGAUCGGGGAAAGAAGUCACGUACAUCGGGUACCCGGCCGAGUCAUCCAACAUGGACGUCUUCGCCAUCCAUCUCAACACCGGGAACAUACGCCGGCUGACAGCCCACCCGGAGUACGUCGACCCCGUCGACAUCUCUCCCGACGACCAGUGGACGGUCGCCAUGGACACCCGCGGCACAGGCAGACAGAUGUUCAUGGCCGGCCUGCGGGGCGUACCGCCCCUGACGGACCUGCUGACCGCCAGCGCCGUCUCGUCGGCGAGGAACAACGGCAAGCGUCGCUUCUUCCAACCGUGGCUGAUCGACGCCCACGGCGACCGCGGCUCCUACAUCGGACAGAAGAUCAACGCGGAGGGCAGCGGCGUCCCCGGCAGCGGCGCCGUCAACGACCCCGAGUGGAACGGCCGCGCCGACCCCAAGUGGUCCAACGACGGGACGCGCAUCGUGUAUUACCAGGCGCUGACGACGUCCCCGGACUGCGGCGGGGAGAACCCUUUGCCCUGUUAUCCGUCCACGGCACCGGGCGGCCGCACCGAGCGAAUGAUGCUGGCCCACCUGACGAGCCGGAAGCCCGUGUCGCGGGCCCGUGUCGAGCCUCUCGAGGACACCAUCCCCUGGGCGACCCCGUACGUCCCUGGAAGCCACGUCCCAGGGAGGCCGUUUUCUACGUUUGGUGACUUCACGCUCAGGGGCAAGGUCGGCGGCUGGGCGAACGUCACCAUCACCCCGGGCGUCGAGGACGGGCGCCCGAGGACCGUCGCCGUCAGGUACCACGACUUCUCCGACGACGGGGUCAACGUGCUCGCGGGAACGGAGAUGGUGAUGGUGACGAACCCGACGCCGACGCUGGAGAGCGUCGACUGGUUCUCCGACCUCGUUCAGACGGGGCCGAACAACGGCACCAAGAGGACGAGCGCGGACGGCUUCCAUCUGGAUAUCGACAUCAUGAGGAACAUCUUCCGGGCCAGCGGGACGCUGGUCACGACCGUCAACGGCGAGAAAUGGGUGCAGCCGGCGAAUUGCACGUAG